CGAGUUCCACCGAUGUGCCAUUAACUACAACAUUCUCAGGCGAAUGCGACUUCCUGAGUCGAGAAAUAUUUUCCUUAAACUGGAGGGCCUCCUUCGGGUCUCUUGCUCCCUCCCAUAUCUAGCUGCAUUUGCUCUUUACCGCCUUCCCGCCCUAUCCUGUUCCCUAGCAGGGCCCCUGGAGCUGGGCGGGAGGAGGCAGAAGAGCAGUCGCAAAGCUCCCGUUUUUUCUCACAAACAAACAAAACACAUACCGAUCAGCUAACGGCAACGGGGCUGGAAGUAUCUUUUUGCAAAGGCGAUUCCGACGCGCUUACUCUAGAGUAACUCCCCUGGCAAGGACGUAAAAUAUAAGAAUAAAUAAAAGAUGAUGGAAAUGUCAAAUGAAACUAAGCCCACAUCAUCACCUCCAGAAUAUUCAGGACCAGCUUAUUCAGUUCCACAAGUCCAAUAUCCUCAGUAUGGGCCUGCCGUUCCAGUUCAAGUAAAUGCACCGCCACCCAUCAUCUGGAUGCCACCACCACCUCAAAUCCCCAAGUGCCCUCGUGGACUGGAAUAUUUCAGCCAGCUUGAUCAGAUAAUAAUUGAACAGCAGGUUGAGCUCAUGGAAAUGAUAAGUGGCUUGGAAACUUGUAAUAAGUAUGAAAUAAAAAAUGCCAUGGGGCAUUGGGUAUACUUUGCAGCUGAAGAAAACGAUGACUUCAACUUGAACUGUUACGGCCCUUUGAGAUCGUUUACCAUAAAACUCUUUGACAGUACAAACCAACCAGUCAUGCAAUUGUCCAGGGAUUGCCAUUGCUCCAUUUGCUGUUGUCCUUGUAUUUGUUGCCUACAAGAGCUUGAAGUACAGGCACCUCUAGGUAACAUCAUUGGAUAUGUGAAACAAAAGUGGCAUCCAUGCCAUCCAAGAUUUACUCUACAGAAUGAGGCCAGAGAAAAUGUUCUUAAAAUUACUGCAUCUUGUGUGCCUUGCCAAUUCUAUCAGGAUGUUAAUUUUGAGGUGAAAACUGUAGAUGGGAAAUCUACAAUUGGAAACAUAGUAAAAAAAUGGACUGGUUUAGCAAGAGAGGUUGCUACAGAUGCAAGCAUUUUUCAGAUCCGCUUUCCAAUGGAUCUUGAUAUUAAUAUGAAAGCAGUCAUAACAGGGGCUUGCUUUCUUAUGGAUUUCAUGUUUUUUGAACGUGGAAACAGAAGGAAUGAUCAUCGACGUAGGCGUUAGUUCAAGUCAGGACAUUAAGAGUCUUAUCACACUGAAUUAAGCUUGCAGGAGGAUUUUUAUUAAAGUUGCUUAUUUCAAUAUUUACAAUCAUACCUUCAACUAUUAUACCAUUUAUGUCAGAAUAUUCCAUAUAACUCAAAUUUUUUGUCAAGUAUUGAUAUACAGUAUAUUGAUAUCCAUAUAUAAUAAUAAAGAUAUAUAGUAUAUAAAUUUGGCUAAUUUUCACUCUGCAAACAAAUAUACUCCAUUUGCCAUUUUUUACUGCUCUUAUAUAUUAAGAAUUGCCUUCUGUUAUGUUUUCCUUUUUUAUUUUAUGUAAUUACACUGUGUAUUGCAGUACUAAAAUGAACCAAAGUGGGUAUCUCAAUAUUCAGACAAUUAACAGACAAAUUCAAUAAAGUUGAUAUUUUCUGCUUUGA